AUGGCAGGCCUUGCGCUUUUCCGGUCCACAGCAGAUACCCUGCGACGAGCGGCGCGAUCCACUGCCGACUCAGUGAACAACAUCCUGUUAGGAACAGAGGAAGAUGCGGUAGUGAACAGAGACCCCAUCAUGGAGGUUGUCGCGCAAAACCCUCAGGAAGCCAUUCGAUUCAUUAAACUGGUCAUGCUCUUCGGGGCGACAACGGGCGUCCUGGUUUCCGUCCCGUGCGUCGUUUACCUUAUUCUGUACUGGGAUGAGUGCAGAUGCAACAAGCCUCUACAGUGGUGGGUGCUCGUCUUCAGCGCCCUUCAAGUGUCUCAAGUCCCCGUCCGGUACCUUUUCUUUUUCCAUCUGCAUGCCACCCGAGAUAACCGUGCGUCCAUCAUCAACACUACACGAACGCUAACAGGCGGGCGAGGAUGGAAGUGUAGUAAAUUCGUGUCUAUUCUCAGCUACGGUUGGUUCAUUCUCGGCGUAGUUUGGGUCUUCAACGCCCAUGAGUGUUCCGAGGCGCCGGGUCUCUGGAAACUCACUGUCUCUGCCAUUGUGGUCUCCGUGCUUCGCCUCGUCACCACCUUCGUUUGCUUCUGGAUUUCGUUUCCGCCCAACGCGGGAGGCCUGCAAACUUCCGAUCGUUUCGUGGGCGCCGCGACACCGGAGCAAAUCGCAAAGCUGCCGCUCCUGAGUUACGCUCAAAAGAAGGCGCAGUUGUGUUCCCGGGUGGCCGACAAGGCAGUCGCCUCGAGUGUGAGAGAGGAGAGAGGCGAGAGCACGUGGGAAGAAGACUGUCGCAAAGACGCAGGGCAGACCGAGAAACUGGCGGGCUUCAUCGGAACGGAACAAGAAGCCGGACGUCGAGACGAACAACGGAGCGUCAGGCUCCGAGGAAGGCCCGCAGGCGCACCUGGAGUCGACGAAAAUCAGGCGUUCUCCUCCUCGAUUUCUUCCCUCCAUUCAAGUUCUCAGCACCGGCUCGCCGCUUCUUCACCGUCGCAGAAGCCCCGUCACCCCGAGUCUGUGCUCGACUCUUCUUUGGGCGAUUCGCGCUCACUGCCUCUCGCCUCGGCUGUCGACUCCCCUGGCGCAAGGGACGCGUCUUGCGUCCCCCCUUCUUCACCUCUCGAAGAGCGCGGCCGGGUCGGUGCUCAGCACAUGCCAGCAAACACGGAGGCCAUGGGGCAAAGCAAAAACGCGAUUCCACGAGGCGCCGCCCGUUUUCGCGGGCCUGCGGCGGACCACUCUUGUUCUUUGGAGACGCCCGAAGAGCUGGGAUCGGUGCAUGCGGCGGUCGGAGCAGCGCAUGCUUCCAGUUCAGAUGCGUCGACCCGCAAGGGGGCGCAUUUCUCCUCUGUGCAGGAGAACUGCUGCAUUUGCUUGGGUGAAUUUGCCGACGAAGAAGUCAUCCGGGAGCUCCGCUGCUCGCAUUUCUUCCAUCAGGGGUGCAUUGACAAAUGGCUGCUGAAAAACAAGCAAUGUCCUCUCUGCUUACGAAGUAUCGACGAGGCGUUUGAUCCCGGCACGGUGGCGACCGAAAACACGAGCACGUGA